GAUACACGGUUGUCGGUAGAGGGCGCUGUAGACCUCUACGAACGAGCACGUGGCUCAGUCGUGUCCCAGUCUGCAGAGCUGCAGGCGUCUGUAGUCCCGUAGCCACCACAUUGUUCCCUGAGUCGCAGACUUCGACAGACAACCGUCUGAGGCCAACAAUGGAAGAACAGCCGAGUCGCGUGAGGGAGGAGGCAGCACCGGCUGCUGGGCAGCAGCAGUCUCCCGAGGGGAGAGAUGUGGCAGGUCCGUCUCGUGAGGGCCGAGACACGGCCACAGUGCCACAGGGUGAGGCCCAGCCGCCGCAAAUGGUUGCCGAGGCAGGCGCAGCAGUCAUCACCGCUGACGACGACGACGACACGACGACGACGACCACGUCAUCGCUGACCUCGCCAGAGGGGGCGGGGGCAUCCUCGUCCACUGGCCACGAUAUGCCGGAGUUGGAGUCUGUAGCGGAAUGCAGCAUGGAACUGGACGCGCUGCCUGCUGCAGCUGCUGAUCCUCAGGCUGGCACCAGUGGGCUGGAGCCGAGGAGCCGGCCAGCUGAAACUUCUGGAGAAGGGCGAGAGAGACCUUCAGGGUCUCAGGUGUUUGCAGAGGGCCAGCUGCAGGACAGAACCACGGAGGGUGACCGGGGGCGGCCCUUCCCAGAGGGGUCGGCGCCACUGAAGCAGCAACAGCCGCAGCAGUCAGAGGGGGAGAAACAGCAGCCUCAGUCAGGAGGCUCCAGGAAGAGGGGGCGCGCUGGGGAGAGGCGUGUCAAGAGCGCGACCAAGAGGCGCGGCCGCAGGAAGGGUCGGAAGGCGGCGCAGGGCGAGGAGGAGUCGACGUCGGCGUCGCUCUCCACCACGGAGGCCAGCGGCAGCGGUAGCGGCAGCGGCGACGACAGCGGCGAGAUGGAGGAAGAGAUGGAGGGGGAGGUGGAAGAAGAGGGCGCCAGCGCCAGCGUGAGCGCGAGCGGCUGCGAGCAGCAGAACGGCGUGCCCAGCUCCGGCUCCCAGACGCACGGCGACACCAGCUCCUCCUCGACCCAGUCGAGCGCGUACAGGGCCCGCAUGGCGUGGUUGCAGGCCGCCGAGCAGGCGCCCGCUGACAGGACUGAAGGGGAGCAACAUACACAAGAGCAGAGUGAACGAGAAGCAUCAGAGGGGCCAGCACAGCAAGAGCAAGCUGAAGUGGCAGAUGAGGGACAGAAAAUGGUCGCAGCCACAGUCACAGCAGAGAUGGGCUCCGCGACCCUUGGCGAGCAGCAACAGGAACAAGGGGCAGAGGCUGUGGCACAACCGAUGGAGGAAGAAGAAGAAGAAGCAGCAGCAGAAGAGGGUAGCGCAGAACCGAUGGAACAGGAAGUAGGGGCAGAGGGUAGCGCAGAACCGAUGGAGCAGCAGCAGGCAGGGGAGGAGGGUAGGGCCGAGCAGACAGAGUAGAAAGUAGGGGAAGAGGAUGGAGCGACCGUGACAGGAGGGAGUAGCAGAGGGAUCACUGGACGUUGACACACCUGGGGCAGAACAGCAAUAGGCGAGGGUGCCAAGACCUCCUGUAAGGUGACGCUAAAGAGGGAAAGUGAAAGUGACGUGCCAGCACACGACAUAUGGCUGCACACAACUUUUAGAUAAAUUCUUACACAUUUUUCUAUACUUCAUAAUUAAAAGUGCAUGUAACUGCUGUUAAAUUACAAUAACUGUUACUGAUAAAAGUAAUUUUAUGUUCAGAUCAUUUGCAUGUUAUAUUUUAUGCAAUUUAAAAAAAGCCUUUUUUGAUCAAAACAGCAUGUAAUAAGGGCACUAAGGAACAAAAUUUUAGGGAAAUUUUUAGUGGCUUAGUUCUGUCAAAUAUUUAAAAGAAAGGAAUUUUUAUACAUUCAUGUAUAAUUUACUAUGAUGAAUAAAUAAUUGAAGGUUGUAUAAAUA